CAGGAGGUGUAGCGGGCGGGUGGUUCUCUCAACUUAUCAAGACGCGAAACUCGCCGGAUCUUUUGAUUCUAGAUUUUUAAAUUUGCGUUACAUUACAAUGUCCACAACUUCCAAAAUCGUAUUCAUCGGAGCAUGUAUCUGUACCGGUGGCAUUAUAGGAUACGUGCACUACAAGCAGACCUCCGACAGAGCCAAACUGCAUGAAGGAGUUAUAAGGGACAUCCAACGGCAACAGCAACGCAAGAUCGAGAACAUGUACAACCUUCAGCAGCAGAUUGAACUGACCAAGCAGCUGAAGCAGGACCUGGAGCUAAGAGAGCAGCAUAUGGCAUCGGCGCAAGCAAUAGAACAAAAAUCGUAGUCGCUCAAGGAACGUUCACUACAGUGGUUACCUCCUUCUUACUUUAUCAUUUUACUAGUCGCAAUACAAUCGUCUUUGGAAGCAUGAAACAUAUCACUAA